AUGGGUCAGUUAAAAUCACAAAAUAAGCAUCUUAAAAAGAUUAGAGAUUUAUGGGAAUGUGAUCAAAUAAAAAAAAUACAAACUAUAAUAAAUAAUCCUUCAAUAUUGCUUGAUUAUCUGAUUUCAAAAUUCUUACAAUUAAAUAACAAUGACUUUAGCAUCUUGAUAAAAAAAAUCCUUGAAUCCAGAAAAAUAAACACUUUCAUUCAAAAACAACUGCUCAAUUAUCUAAUUCCAUUAUUUGAAUAUAUAAAUGAUGAUAAUUUUAAUUCUAUGAUAAAAAAAAUUAUCGAGUCUCGAGAAAUGGAUGCUGGUGCUCAAAGAAAAUCAAGAACAAAACAAUUAAAACAAAGACAAGUUUCAAAAAUUCAUUCAUCAAUUUGUAAGACAAAAAAAAUCUGGCCUGUCCAAUUUUGUCAUGCUGCUAACAAAUUAUUUAAAAUUAAUAAAAAAGAAUAUAAUGUAAGCUUUGUGAAAUUAGCAACUGAUAUUAGUAAUAUAAGACAAACCUCCAUAUAUGCAACUGUGGAAUGCACUAGAGCAAUCUAUCAAUUCUUAACUGAAGAGAUGUCAUAG